AUGUCUGCUACGUGGAGCUGUUGUAAUGAAGAUAAAGAGGAAGAUUGUGCCACUUGCUGCCAAUGUAAACAUCUAUUUCACCUCACUUGUCUGAAAUCAACACAUAAGCGAGCAGAUCCUUCUGAUUUCUUGGCACCGAAUUGGCGUUGUUUCUUGUGUAUGUCUGCAGCCCCAGCGAGAUGUGCUGUUUCUGCAAACAAUAAAACGUCUCGUUCCAAGAAACGGCUGGCCCUUUCCUCACCACCGUCUGCUAAUUCAGAUCCAGCAACCACGGAAGAUAUACGCACUAUUGUCAGUGAAAUUAUCGAAGCCGAAACAGUCAAAAUGCUUGCUGAAUUAAAAAACACUAUAAACUCCAUGGUAACUUCGGAAUUGAAGACAAUCAAAGAUGAAAUACAAAGCAUGAAGGAGUCUAUGGCUUUCAUUGGUAACGACUACGAUGAUAUCAAGAAAGAACUUACGACAUACUCAGCCUUAGCAAAGAAUUUAGAAGCACAGAACGAGGAUAUGAAGAAUACUAUCUCCAAUUUAACAGGUCGCCUGAACUCAAUUGAACAGCAUGCCAGGAGCAGCAAUAUUGAAAUACAGUGCGUCCCAGAGUUUAAAUCGGAAAAUUUGGUGUCUGUAACUAAACAGUUGGGUUCCGUUAUUGGUCAUAAUGUAGAAGAAAAUCAGAUACUACACUGUACCAGAGUUGCAAAGUUAAACCGAGAUUCUGACCGUCCAAGAUCUAUUGUGGUUCAAUUUUGUUCUCCCAGAGCUCGAGACGGUUACUUAGCGGCUGCAAUUAACUAUAAUAAGAAGAGCGGAAAGGAAAAGUUAAAUUCAUCUCACUUGGGAAUAGCGGGUGAGAAAAAACCAAUCUUUAUCACAGAACACCUAUCACCGUCUAACAAGGCUCUUCAUGCCGCUGCAAGAGUGAAAGCUAAAGCCCUCGGAUAUAUGUUCGUUUGGGUGAGAGGCGGCCGUAUUUUAAUGCGUAAGGACAGCACUUCCGAGUAUAAGGUUAUCAAGGAUAAGACUUGCCUUGAAAAACUCGUGUGA